GUGUGUAACAGAGAGCAGAGGGAGAUCACGGACAUGGAGAAGCAAUUAACAGGUACUCUUGCUCUGGCUGUGUUUGCUGCUGCUCUCGGUUCUCUGCAGUAUGGAUACGGGACUGGAGUUAUAAACGCACCACAGCUGGUCAUCGAACACCACUACGCUCGCACACUCGGCUUUGUCGUGGUUGAUGAACAUGGUAACGUUACGCUACCUGAUGGUGAUGGCAAGCAGAUGCAGACGUCCUCUCUGACCAUGUACUGGUCCUUAUCCGUGUCCAUGUUCCCUGUUGGAGGAAUCAUCUCGUCCUUCCUGGUGGGAUUCGUCGCUGAUUUCAGAGGAAGGGUUAAAGGCAUGCUGGUGCUGAACGUUCUCGCCCUGGUUGCGAGUCUGCUCAUGGCUUUGGCUAAAAUGGGAAAAUCUCAUGUCAUGGUGAUCACGGGACGCGCCAUCAUGGGCUUCUACUGCGGUCUCUCGUCCGGACUCGUUCCGAUGUACAUCGGUGAAAUCGCUCCGGUGAAGUACAGAGGAGCGCUAGGAACGCUGCAUCAGCUCGCCGUCGUCAUUGGCAUCCUUAUCAGCCAGAUUCUAGGCCUGGACUUCCUGUUGGGGAAUGCUGACAUGUGGCACAUGCUGCUGGGUUUAAGUGGAGCGAUUGCAGUUCUGCAGAGUUUGUUGCUGCCAUUUUGUCCUGAGAGUCCAAGAUACCUGUACAUCAAACUGGGCAAGAAGGAGGAGGCCUGCAGAAGUUUAAAGCGGCUUAAAGGAGAAUACGACACGUCGAAGGAUAUCGCAGAAAUGCAGGCAGAAAAAGAGGAGGCCAUGAAAGAGGCACAGAUUUCAAUAUGGAGGCUUUUACGAGCGAAACAGUAUCGCCAGCAGCUGUUCGUGGCUCUGAUGCUGCAUCUGUCGCAACAAUUCUCUGGAAUUAACGCUAUCUUUUAUUACUCCACCGCCAUUUUCCACAAGGCCGGAGUCGCUCAGCCCGUCUACGCCACCAUCGGAGUCGGAGUCGUAAACACCGUCUUCACACUGCUGUCAGUGGUUCUGGUGGACCGGGCCGGUAGAAGAACCCUGAUGUUAAUCGGUUUGGGUGGAAUGUGCUGCUGUGCAGUGGGAAUGACAAUCGGACUCGUCUACCUGAACACGUACUCCUGGAUGAGUUACUUGAGCAUGACGGCCAUUUUUCUGUUCGUGAGCUUCUUUGAAAUCGGACCAGGUCCAAUCCCAUGGUUCAUAGUGGCUGAACUGUUCAGUCAGGGGCCGCGACCUGCAGCCAUCGCACUCGCCGGCUUCUGCAACUGGACCAGUAACUUCAUCAUCGGCAUGUGUUUCCCUUACAUAGAGAAACUCUGUGAUAUGUACGUCUUCAUCAUCUUUGUGGUUCUCCUGUUUGGUUUCACCGUCUUCACGUGUUUACGAGUUCCUGAGACUAAAGGAAAGACCUUUGAGGAAAUUGCGGCUCUGUUUCAGAAGAAACGCCCAGUAGCCCAAACCGAAGUGGCGACGGAACUGCAGCAGCUCAAAGGCACAUCAGAGGCCUGAACCAUGUUUACGCUAACAGUGAUGCUAAUGCUAACUUCCUAAAUCACGGACAGCCAGAGGAAAAAGAUGACAAAUACGUCCGAAUCAUGUUUUAUCCUAACGUGAGAGCGUCAAGGGCAUGAAAUACAUGCUGAUAAUGCUAAUGCUAACAUGAAUGCUAAUGCUGUGGAGUCAAACUGAGCCUGUUACUCCCCUCAGAACUUACUGUUAAAACAAUAUAACGUGAUUUUAUUUUUAUUUGAAUGCAGUUUCAGGGAAGUGGGAAGGCGGGGCUGCUGGAACAGCAUAAGAUUAGUAAUAAGUUAAUAAGACAAAAAAGUGCAGCUUGUGGUGUUACUGAGAAACCGUAAACUCUGUCCUGAAGACUCCAGAUAAAGGACUCCUGAAAGUCAGAUGAGCUGCAGCAGCUUCAGCAUCCCUUCUCCUCGCGUCCUUCUUACUGUUAAAACUAUUGUAUGUGAUUUUAUGUUUGUUGUAUUAUAUUAUUGUUUUAACAGAUAUACUGUACACGUACUGCUAAGUUGUUUUUUUUAAAGAUAUUAACAUGGCCUUUAACACCAGACAUGAUAAACAGAAACGAAAACUG